UCGGUCACUUACCCAGAUCAUGUCUGCAAUAAGAAUUACGACAAAACAAUGGUCUACCGGAAACGUUAAUCCAAUCAUUGAUAACGGAAAGUUUUGCUGAUUAAAGUCCUUCUCCUGUUUGUCGAUAACCAUUCGCUCUAUUUUAAACACAUUAGUGAAUAUUAAAAAAAUCUCGAUAAGUAUCUUCUCUAAUAAACGUUCCGUUGCCGAGGUGCACUGAAAUCUCCCCCGGUGGACUGGGGGUAGCGCUCCGCAGCCAGGAGCCAGCCUCAGUGGUUUUCCUGCUCCCCGCAGACUCCGGAGGAAUGGUAGUGUUAGCAGGUUAGCUCUUCAGCAAGCCGCUGUAGGAUUUACGUUAUUUGGCUUUCGGUGGAUGAAAUAAUGAAUUUACUACCAUCUAAUCCUCACGGGAAUGGGCUCCUUUAUGCUGGAUUCAACCAGGAUAACGGGUGCUUCGCCUGUGGAAUGGAGAACGGGUUCCGUGUGUAUAACACGGAUCCUCUCAAGGAGAAGGAGAAACAAGAGUUCCUGGAGGGUGGGGUCGGCCAUGUGGAGAUGCUGUUCAGGUGUAACUAUUUAGCACUAGUGGGAGGAGGAAAGAAGCCAAAGUACCCAACCAACAAAGUGAUGAUCUGGGACGACCUGAAGAAGAAGACUGUGAUAGAGAUUGAGUUCUCAACAGAAGUCAAAGCCGUGAAGCUUCGGCGUGACAGGAUCGUGGUGGUCCUGGACUCAAUGAUCAAAGUCUUCACCUUUACCCACAACCCACAUCAGCUGCAUGUAUUUGAGACCUGCUACAACCCCAAAGGUCUGUGCGUGCUGUGUCCCAACAGCAACAACUCCCUGCUGGCGUUCCCCGGGACUCAUUCGGGCCACGUGCAGAUAGUGGACCUGGCCAACACUGAGAAGCCCCCGGUGGAUAUCCCCGCCCACGAGGGGGCGCUGUGCUGCAUCUCUCUCAAUCUGCAGGGCACGAGAAUUGCUACGGCAUCGGAGAAAGGUACUCUGAUCCGAAUUUUCGACACGUCCGCCGGUCAGCUUAUACAGGAGUUAAGACGAGGCUCUCAGGCUGCCAACAUUUACUGCAUUAAUUUCAACCAAGACGCGUCCCUCAUCUGCGUGUCCAGCGACCACGGCACGGUGCACAUCUUCGCCGCAGAAGACCCGAAAAGGAACAAACAGUCAAGUUUGGCGUCGGCCAGCUUUCUUCCCAAAUACUUCAGCUCCAAGUGGAGCUUCUCCAAGUUCCAGGUCCCGUCCGGCUCUCCCUGCGUGUGCGCCUUUGGGACGGAGCCCAACGCUGUCAUCGCCAUUUGUGCUGACGGCAGCUACUACAAGUUCCUCUUCAACCAGAAAGGGGAGUGUGCCCGGGACGUAUACGCCCAGUUCCUGGAGAUGACGGAUGAGAAAAUUUGACCUUUGACCUACAUGGAGACUUGACAAACCCUCCUUUUUCGUUUUUUUUUUUGUGGAGGAAGGGUCCCACGCUUUCAUUUCGUCUUGACAGACUCUGUGACAAGGAGCAUCAGAUGAGGGCAGGACUAAGCGAGCACACCACCGACUCGCAGCGGAGACCAAACGGGUGGAGGCACCAACAGCCUAGCCCCUCUUUGACUGCGGAGGAAUGACUCCCAAACCAAGAGCUAGAGUAAAGGGGGGGGGGAGGGGUGACGGUGGGGAGUUUUAAGAUGUCUUCCGAGGAAUUUACAAAGGAGGGUUAUUUUUGAAUCGCAGAGGAUUCGGAUGGUUAGACGAGUGAAAAUCUUGAGAUUGUUGUCGACUAACACCACCUAUCCAAACUAUAGGGAGUGCCUCGAGACUGGAGAGAAUCUGUAUGUGUGCACACAUUAUUGUUGUCAUAUAUGCAGUUGUGUCUUUGUGUAAAUACUCCAAUGUACCAUAUUUGGUGCUGGCAGAGUCUGAAUGAGGGAAUGUGUCUCUGACCCUGCGUAGUGAAGCGUCACCUUUAGUAUUACGAGACGUUCUACUAUUCACUGUAUAAACACAAUGCGCCAGACUGAAUCUUAUUCACUAGAACUGUACAGAUUAAUGGCAGGAAGAAAAAUAAUACGCAUCUUUGUUUCCCUUACCCUUUUUUAAAUUUCCCAAUAUAUUGUGCAAUAUGUUUUCCCUUAUUCAUUUUUGUUAAGAGCUUGUAAAAGCUGAGUUUUUUUGUUUUUUUUCCUGGACAGCUUUAGGCUUUAAGGAAUAGUUUGGCACUUAAAGAACUUAGUGAGAUGAGAGGAUUGAUACGGAUCUCUGUAUGUAUGCUAACCAAGAAGCUACUUCUUUAGCUUAGCAUUAAGACUGGAAGCAGCUAGUCUGUCUGUUGGUGACCAAAUCUUCUAACUGGCACCUCUAUUUGGCAAUAUCUUUUUCUGGGUGGUGGUGGUGGUGUCACAGGGAUUGUUAACCAGUUUUUGUGUUUUUAUUUGACUGGAAGCAACAUCCUAAGCUUUUAUUGUUUGCGCGCACUUUUCUUUCGCUUCUUAAGUGGACGAAGCCACGUUUACCUUUUGACUUCCAGUCUUCACGCUAAGCUAACUAAGUGCGAGCGUUAGUUUCAGAUUUACUAUUCGAUUAAGCUUCCCGUGCCACUUUUGACAACACGCUCAUUUCCCCAAAAGAGUUGAAAGCUUUGCCACGGGCACAGCUUCCAUCUUGGAUCUGAAGAACCUGAUGUACUGGGAUUUAAAAACCGUGAUCCACCUGUGCAUACCACAAUGCUUCUCAAGUUGGUUCCUGUUUAUUGAUGACGAAUUACUCGCCUGUAUGGUCUAUAUAUUGGUUUGCCUCACACACUUUUCUUAGGCCAGUUUGGCUCUCCAGUCACGGCAAUGUUGUUCACGGUUUUUCCACUUUUCAAUUUGUCUCUCUGAUAAAAGGAGCCGUUGCUAAUCAGGGACCGCUGGUUGAAGCCAGCGGCCAUAAAUGGAAGACGUGGUGUGUGUGUGUGUGUGUGUGUGUGUGUGUGGAUCCACCACAGUGGAACCGUGCUCACGUGACAUAUUUCUCUCUCUGUUCUCAUCCGUCACGACGAUCGACAGCAUUGUCAGUGAUUCGGUUCCAAACACACCUGGUUUGUGUCGCUGCGUCAGAACGCGUCGCUUGGCGGGGGGGGCCGCACAAACUGAAAAGCCAACUUGUGUCUGACACACUGAGGAUGAUUGUAAAAACCAACGUUUAAAUUUGUUAAUAAAAUGUAACCUCUGCUUUUACAGUCAA